GAGAUUGUUUUGGUCGAUGGUUCUACUUGUAUCCCUUGUAUUGUCAAACUUGUGUCAGACUUCUUCAAUGGCAAGGAGCCCAUCAACCCUGACAAAGCUGUUGCCUACGGUGCUGCUUUUCAGGCCGCAAUUUUUUCUGGUGACACUUCUGAGAAGACUCAGGACCUCCUCCUCAAUGUGUCUCCCUUGUCGCUUGGUAUUGAGACCACUGGUGGUAUCAUGACUGCCCUCAUUAAACAUAAUACUACUAUCCCCACCACAAAGUUGGAGACUUUCUCCACUUACUCGCCUGGUGUCCUCACCGAAGUGUACAAGGGUGAACGUGCACACAGACACAUAUCACACUAA